UUCUCAUUCCAACCAGUAUACCAAGAUUGGUCAAAGGCUGAUGUGGUGUGGGCGUUCGAGUCCUGAUUUGAGUUUGUAUGAAUGCAGACAAUCGACUGGUUCGAACCUGAAUUGUUCACCAUGAGACUUGAAGACAAACGCGCACCACUCCCUUCGCUUGUGUUGUGAUCGUUUGAACAGCUCUAGCAACCUGGUCACGGUAUCGUGAUCGAUAUAUAUAAUAUAAUACAUGUUUAACGAGGUCUCUUGAUCGAUAUAUUCAACAACAGAGUCGCCCGUCUCCUGACAGCCAUUUUGUCGAGUUACCUGUCUGUUGAUUGCGGAGUUCAUUUCUGUAGCUGUUUACAAUGGAGGAGAUUCAAAUCCAACUUCUGCAGAACAUUCAUCAAGAGAUGACCAACGGUUCGUUCAGUGAUAUACAGGUGAUCUGUAAUGACGGCACCACAACCGGAUGUCGCCUCGUUCUGGCAGCACUGUCACCUUACUUCCGGGCGAUGUUUGCAUCAGGCAUGACAGAGAGUCGGACGGGCGUCCUGAAACUUCCGUCUGUGUCUCUGUCAGAAUAUCAGGAUAUUCUCAAGAUGUAUUUCUUCAAAAUUAAUCUCAUAAACGAGGAAAACUGUAUGCAUAUUUUUGACGCUGCCGAGAUGAUGCAGCUUGAUCCUAUCAAAAAUCUCUGUAUCAUCUACCUGAACCAAAGUCUCGACCUAACUCCUGAGAAUUGUUUCAAUUGGUGGAGAAACCUGAAACUCUACAAUUUUCUUGAUUUAUCCAAACAGGCGCUUUCCUGUUUGACUGAUAACUUGGCGCAUUUUGUUAAAACGGAACAUGUUAUUCAUUUGUCAAAGGGAGAACUUUUCGAAAUAAUUUCCGAAGAUAACUUAACCUGUAAAGAAGAUGACAUUCUGAAAGUCGCCAUGAAGUGGAUUGAACAUAAUAACACGGAACAGGAGGACGUCCAGAGUAUUUUUGAAAAUGUGCAACUAGAUAUUGUUGACCGACAAUUUCUUGUUAAUGAGGUAGCAUUUUCAAAGAUCGUUCUUGAGAACAGCGCUGUGAGGGAAAUGAUGCAACACGUUUUAUGUUCAGCGCUGCCACAACUUACAUACACAACGAGGUUUCUCGCCAACCAACCUGAUGUCUUCGUACUAAACCACACCGACAAGUUACUGCUCUCUUGUUUCACGUCAGAAGAGAAGUGGGAAGACGUCCCGCCAGCCCCAGUAGAUCCUGGACAGUAUUAUUCAGCAGCCAGUUUGGAUGACAAGAUCCACAUCACUGGUGGUGGUAAACAAGGUAAAUGUACACUGGUGUAUGACACCAUUAAAAAACUGUGGAACAUAGGUCCAAACCUCAACCAUGCACACUUCUGUCACUGUACAGCCACAGCUAGUUCCAAAGUGUAUGUAAUAAGCGGUUGGGAUACCAGCACAAUAGAAGAGAAGAGCGGGAGUGAGGCGCAGUGGCAGGUGGUUGGUGAUUUGGGAUUGAACAAAGUGCUUGCUUUUCCUGUUACAGUUGGUGAGAACAUCCUCGUUAUGGGAGGACAAGUAAACUACAAGCCGUCAAUACAAGUACACGUGCACCCAUCAGAUCCCAUCCAGUGUUUUAACACAUCAACCCGCUCUGUCACCAAGUUGGAUACAAAGUUGCCUUGUACCUCCUAUUCACUAAGAGGAUCUGUUCACCUCCCUGAUGUAUAUCUGUUGGACAGUAAUGGCAAAGUGAUGCACAUUCACGUCACUGACAGAAACGGAGAAAUCCACGUUCAGAAUAAACCUGUGGCAAACUGGAAAGUAUCCAAAAACAAAUUUGGUAUCGUGCACCGACAUGGAAACCUAUUGUGUUUUACAAAAGAUAAAAUCCGUAAAUUCAACCUGACUGAAGGGAAAGAAGAAGAUAAUUCAUUCCCAAAACCACCUAGAAGUGGCUACGUAUACAACGUUCUGACACUUUGACACUGGAUACACUACACGACUACGUCAUUAAUCACAGUGUUACUGGCCAUUUUGUUGCCCAAGACAAGAACGACAUUUAUGGACAUGUCUUUAUAUUUCAUUGUGAUAAAUCAGUUUCUUUGCAUGCAUAUGUAUCCACAUAUGAGACACGGAAAUAUAUUUAUUCACAAACAAGAACACAAUUGAGUUGAAUGUAUAAUAAUCGGAUUGUGGUAGAUAGCGUUUUGUAAUAUCGCUAUAUAUUAUUGACAUAAUAAUCUGUGCAAGGAUCGUAACACCUGAUGACGACGACAAUGAUGCUACUGAUAAUAAUGACACCAUUGCCGAACCGAAACGACCUACUACAGCAGAGACUUUAUAUGCUCUUGAUGUUGUGAGAAACUGGAUCAAAACGACAACAAAAACUGACCACCUAUCACAAUUCAUGUUAUGACAGAGAACUUUAAAGCCACAGUUGCAAAGCAAUCAACGGCCACGUCGAGAAGUCAUUGGUUUGUAUUAUUGUUCGCUUGUAUGAUGGCACAUUUUGGUAUGCUUAGUAUCCAUGUCAGCAUGAAGAAAUUCACACAAAAAGGGUUAUUUUAAAAUGCAUAAACGAUAAUACUGUACAGUGCUUUAAAGUUUGCAAACAUAAAUGUGGACGAACUAUAACGCACAGAAUGGAUUUUCUAUAUUUGCGUGGUAUGUGAUAUGCUGUCUAUUGGAUGGCACAUAGAAAAUAUGCCUUGCUACUAAUGGAAAACUGUAGUUGGUUUCCUUUCUGAGACUCUAUGUCAAAAUUACCAAAUGUCUGACAUUCAAUAAUCGAUUAUUGAUAAAUCAAUGUGAUCUAGUGGUGGCUUUAAACUAAAUUUUAUAUAUGCACAUACUGAACACGGUAAUGACUGUUCAUUAAUCUCUUUUAAUAUUUAUUUUUAAUUCAUAGACAAGAACACAAUUUAUUUGUAUGUAUAAUAAUUGGAUUGUGGUCGAUGGCGUUUUGCGAUAUGUACAUAUGACACACAGAGUUGGUGCAUUAUCUGUUAUCUGUCUUGAGACAAAACUUGUACUAAUAAAACUACAAAAAUUACCGAUUCACGUUUCUUGUAAGAUCGUUUACUACUACUACUACUACUACUACUACUACUAUUACUACUACUAUUCUCUCUCUCUCUGUCUCUCUGUCUCUGUCUCUCUGUCUCUGUAUCUCUCUGUCUCUCUGUCUCUCUGUCUCUCUGUCUCUCUCUCUCUCUCUCUCUCUCUCUCUCUCUCGUAGCAACUUUAUUAGUGUCGUGAUGUACAUAAAUUGCCUAGUCGUAUAUUUCAAUAACAUUAAUUCAUGGAUAUAUACACGCUCACGCACAAACACUCGUACGAACGCACGGACACACACACACACACGCACACGCACAUCAGCUAUAUGAGUUGUCUGCCCGCGGUUUGGAAAACAGGUAGACGAUUUGACAUAACUAAAAACACAUAUUUUGUACUCUUUGUAAUACUGAUAUUGGAGAUGAAUACCAUUAUGUAUUAAAAUUGUUAAAUCAAAAUAUUGAAAACAUCACAAGGAAAAGUGUAUAUAACAUUUUAUAUAUUAGAAGAAAACUAUUCCUAGCGUAUUUAACGUGUCUUGCAUCAUUAAAAUAUAUAUAUAGUUUUGUGAAAUGAUGUUUCUCCUUCGCACCUUUCAGCUAUUUUGAUUACGUAUCCGGUGUUCGUUGUUAACUCUUGAUGUUUCACGUAAUGCGUGUUCUCGUCAGGUGUGUUAACUACGUAUUGGUCUUGUCCUGUGUGAAUAAGGAUUAUAAAGUCUGAUACAAUUAAAACAAAUCAAUAUAUCUAUUGUAUGAGCUUUCUUGCAUCAAUAAGCAAUAUAAAAUUACCACUUUUAUGAAAAAUAAAGUUUCGGAGCUGU